ACAUUAAUACUUCUCUGUCUCUCUCUUCUCAUAUGGAUGUGGAAGCAAGAGCAAACUACAGCUAAAGAGCUUUCUUCGCACUCUUCAAUGGAGUCUCCAAAACCCUACGCCUCAUCCUCAAACCCUCUCCUCUCACUCUCCACCUUCAUACACCAGCAAUGCCUCCGUCUCGGUGCCGACCUCUCCACCCGACUCCAAGACACCAAGCGAUUCGCCGAAACCGUAACCGGAAAUUGGCCCAAUAGGAGGCGCUUCCGUCUCUCACCACUACCACCUCUUCCGCCAUUUGCCUCCUUAACUCAGCCCAAGCCACCCAUGGCUGCCGCUUUGGCCUCCGAUCGUGUGGCCAAGACUCUCACCGGCACCGCUGUUUACACCGUUAGCAAUUCGAAUAAUGAGUUCGUUCUCAUUUCGGACCCUGAAGGAGUCAAAUCCAUUGGCUUACUCUGCUUCCGCCAGGAGGACGCCGAAUCGUUUCUUGCUCAAGUUCGGCUGGGGCGAAGAGAACUGAGAAGUGGUGCUAAAGUUGUCCCCAUUACGCUUGAUCAGGUAUAUAUGUUGAAGGUUGAAGGAAUAGCAUUUCGGUUUUUGCCUGAUCCAGUUCAGAUAAAAAAUGCUCUUGAGCUCAAAGCAACUGAUCUCAAAAAUGGAUUCGAUGGAGUUCCUAUUUUCCAGUCGGACCUACUGGUUGUGAAGAAGAAAAACAAGCGUUAUUGCCCAAUAUACUUUACUAAGGAAGAUAUUGAUAGGGAGCUCUCUAAGGUCUCUAGGUCAUCAAGAGGACCAGGGGUUUCUCAAAAUAUCAUGGUUGGUAGUCUUGAAGACGUUUUAAGAAAAAUGGAGACGAGUGAAAAGAACUCUGGCUGGGAAGAUUUGAUUUUUAUUCCACCCGGAAAAAGUUACUCCCAGCACAUUCAAGAUGUGAGUAAAAAAUGAAGAUACACAGCAUAGCUUCAACUUACAACAACAUCAAAACAGUGAGACAGUGGCACAUUCCGAUGGCUCGCAGCGAAGCAGGUGAAGCAUCAUUCCUCCCUCUCUCUUUUUCUCAUUCACUUUCGCAUAACAAUGCAAAAUCUUUGACGCAUGCAGCUGGUAUCGAAAUUUUGGAAAUGAAAAUAAAACUUCAUACUUGACAACAGUUGUGGAAGUCAGUGAAAUUCCGAAAUUGGACUAACUGCCCAAAUUUGUUAUACUGUAUCUGUACAGUUUAACUGAACUUAAACCGUUCUGGAUUUCUUAUUUUACAUUUUUUGUAUGGAGUAGAAUUCUAAAUUAAAGUAUUUUCUACUUAAACUCUUCUCCUAUAUAUACACCUCUAAAUGCCAAUGCUUUAUUCCACUGCUGUGGGAAUCAAGAUUAGUUA